CGAAUAUCGCGCUUUCAGUCAGCCCGCAGCCUCUCUAUCGGCCGUGUUGGUUCUCUAUAUCUCGCGCGGCAACCCGAGCACUUCUUUUCGCAAAGAAGCGACGCGAGGCGGCAGAACGUAUGUCGGGUUAAUAAUGCUUGUGACGAUCGGCUGAGGUUUUCUCGGACGAACGAAGUACGCGAGUGCGUCGACCGCCGCGAUCAGUGAGUCGAGGGACUCGACUCGAGAGACAAUGGAUAAACUGAUCGUAUCCUGCGUACUUCUUGUCUGUCUGCACGCGUUCCUUCUGCCCUGUGAAGGACUCAGCAGUACGAGUGCUAAUCGAGGAUACGUGUUCACCGCGCCGAGGAGGUUCUUGGCCGGUGAGACCGAGAGCGGCUGCUUGUCCCUACACAAUCUAGAACCGCCGGCACAUGUUGUCCUGGAAUUGCUAUCUCCGUCAAUUACGAAGGACGAGGUAUUGGCCAGUACGAGCAAUGUCAUCAAAACAGGGAUAGAAACGUGUCUGGAAUUAGUAGUACCACGGACGGACAACUUCAAAGCACGAUUGCGAUUGAAGAUCACGUUUGAUAAGUAUCCCGAUUAUGUCGUGGAGACGGAGAAGGAAGUUUACAUCGAGCACGAUUCAUUAAUCUCGUUCGUAGAGACAGAUAAGCCGGUCUACAAGCCAGGUCAAGAUGUAAACAUCAGGAUUCUCAUGCUGAAGCAUGAUUUGAAACCUUGGAAGAAAAUGAUACCGAAAGUAUGGAUCGAGAAUCCAUCCGAGAUACGAGUAGCACAGUGGACCAACGUUAGUACCGAAAAUGGAAUGGUGCAAUUGAAGUUCCCUCUAUCACCGGAACCGAGUCCGGGUACUUGGAAAGUCAAGGUGGAAAAGAAAAAGUCGCAGCCUCAAUUGGUUCAUACGACCAUGUUCGAAGUAAAGAAAUAUGUACUCCCGAGAUUUCAAGUAACCAUAACUUCACCGGGAUAUAUUCUCGCGGAUGCGGAGAAUGUUACUUGGAAUAUAUGCGCCAAAUACAGUUACGGUAAACCGGUAAAAGGUACUUUACUUUUAAAAUCCACACCUCAAACACCAAUGUGGAGACGAAAGUCGAAUCUCCCAGAAAUACAUUACGAAACAGAGCUGGAUUCGCCGGACGGUUGUACAGAAUUUGUACUAUCAGGCGCGGUGCUCGGACUAGCUCAUUGGAAAGUCGCACCGAAUAAUAUUGUUCUCAUAGCAAAUUUCACCGAAGCCGGUACCGGUAUAGUAGAAACGACAACUAGUCGAACCGUUGUUGUGCAUCAGGCUCUAAAACUAGAGUUUCUGCCGUAUACACCCAAGUACUUCAAAUUAGGUCUACCAUAUCAUGGAAAGUUACGAGUCUCACGACACGAUGAUACCCCAGCAGCGCACGAAAAGAUUCAGCUUUGCCUACGAGUGCGCGGCAAAGAUGAGUGGCUUCGCGUAGUAGUAGAAUGCCGUAAUUUCACAUCCUCAUCCGACGGCUUUGUUGACUUCAUUGUACCAUUGUCGCAUCGGAAUAUCGUUUUGUUGAGUUUUGUUGCGACGGGUGUCGACUAUCCCACAAAGUAUUAUUCACCGGACACGCGUUGGCGAGUUUUUAUGGAUCAACCAUCGGCGCACAUUGACGUGAGUCCUUGGUAUUCGCCAUCAGACAGUUACCUGACGGUAGCUCGAGGUUAUCAACCGAUUGUCUGCGGGGAGAAAUAUUCCUUCAACGUUAUGUAUACGGUGCCGGCGAAGAGUAAGACCAAUGAAUCCAUUUCUUUUCAUUACUCAAUCAAUUCCAAGGGAGACCUGUUAAUAUAUGGCCACGUGAAACACCGACCGACUAGAGACACGGUCCUGAAUUAUUCGGAAUUCCGGAACUUAUUAGGCGCUGUCGAGACGCCAGGAAACAAGACCAGUCAGGAUACCAUUGUUCACAGAUUCCCCCUGAGCGUCAAAAUCACACCGUCUAUGGCACCCAUCUCAGAAUUGUUGCUUUACUACGUUCGUCCGGAUGGCGAGAUCGUCGCUACUACAUACUCAAUCAAAGUGGGACAUUGUUUCGAGAAUAAAGUGAAAUCCGCCUGGCACACCGACGUUCAGACUCCGGGAACGGCUACCUUGUAUCAUGUGGAAGCCGCCCCGUGGUCUCUCUGCGGAAUCUCGGCAGUCGAUAAGUCCACCCGUUUCUUGGGAGGAUCUAAAUCAAAUCUACUUGACGCGGAUCAGAGCUUCGAGCAAUUAAAGAGAUUCCAUAUCGAGCCAGAGACACGUCCUAUUUGGACAUGGACUCAUUGCAAAACGACAACACAGCAUGAAAGUAAUACUGAGGAGAUCGAUCAUCUACCGAUUCCUGCUUUGAGAGCGUUACCUGUUUGGUCACGCAUAAGAAGCAGAAGAACCGCGAUGCUUCACGGGGACGUGAAUUACGUGGAUGCCGUACAAGCAUUCGAUGAUUUCGGAGCUGUUGUGAUGAGCGAUUUGAUACUUGAGACACGACCUUGCCCUCAAUUUUUCACUGGCUUUGCGCAGGCAAGAGAUUUUUUGGGUGUCCGUAAUAUGGUUCUUCGUGCUGGCAUAGAGCAAGAACCUGCAAUAGUUAACAAGGCAAUGAGAACAUUGCCCAUGGCAGUUCCAUUACUCAACUUGAGCCCCGAACACAGUUACGUGGAUUCGGUGCCUGAUCAAUCUGUGACUCUCAGAUCCUAUUUUCCUGAAACCUGGCUUUGGGAAUUAGUUCCAACUGGGAAAGAAGGUAAAGUGACCAUAGAGCGGACUCUGCCUGAUACCAUCACUGAUUGGAUUGGAUACACCACGUGUAUUUCACCUACACACGGCCUCGGGAUAGCUCCACCGACAACUAUCACGGGCUUCCAACCGUUCUUCCUCGAUUACAAUCUACCAUACAGUGUGAAACGCGGGGAAUUGUUGCGUAUGAAAGUCUCUCUGUUCAAUUAUAUGCAGCACAGCCUACCAGUGAAAAUCAAGCUGGAGGACGCGACGGGGCUUGACUUGCAUUUGUCGCACGCGGUCGCUUCGUUUUGUGUGAAACCUCGUGACAGUGUAGUGCACGAAUACAUUCUCAGACCGCGAGUUCUCGGUGAUGUUAAUAUCACAGUUUCUGCUUCGAUUGACUCGGAUUACGCUGAGCCGUGUGGCCCGGAAACGCUUCUGUAUACACGAGAUGUGAUUGUGAAGCCGAUACUCGUGCUACCGGAAGGCUUCCCCGUAGAAACGACUAAGUCGGCGUUUAUUUGCCCGAAGGAUUUUAGCGACGACUCCACCAUCACUUGGGAUCUCGAUUUACCUGAAGACCUAGUGCCCGAGAGUGCGAGAGCGUAUGUAUCCUUGAUAGGAGAUAUUUUAGGGCCCGCUCUCGAGAAUCUAGACAGUCUCGUUCGUUUGCCACUUGGUUGUGGCGAGCAAAAUAUGAUUCUCUUCGUCCCUAACAUUCAUGUGAUUGGUUAUUUGGACGCAACUGGUGUGGAAAAUUCGGAACUACGAGCGAAAGCGGUGAAGAAUAUGGAAAAAGGAUACCAACGUGAAUUGAUAUACAGACAUCCAGAUGGUUCAUAUUCUGCGUUUGGUCCAGAAAGUUCAGAGAGCUCGAUCUGGCUGACCGCAUUUGUAAUAAAAUCUUUCGCCCAAGCAAGAAGUAUAAUUCAUAUCGAUGAACGGGAUUUGAAGAUUUCUGUGAAGUGGAUGAUGAAAAAACAAUUGGAGAAUGGAUGUUUCCCAGUGAUAGGCAGAGUAUUCCACAAGGACAUGAAGGGCGGUUUGCAAGACGAUGACAGUUCUUCCACGGCGUUGACAGCAUAUAUAUUAAUUUCUCUCUUACAAUCGGGCGUACCAUUGACACCAUCGCUCGUAAACAACGCUCUACACUGUCUGGAGAAAGGAAUGGCAAACGGCGGCGAUACAACGUACACAGCGGCUCUAUCUACGUACGCUCUCGCGUUGUUGGAACACCCGAGAGCGAACAACAGUUUAAAAUUACUUAUGGAUCGUGCAACGCGGAAUCAUGAUCUCCUCUGGUGGGAAGACAAGUACAAACCCUCGCUGGGGCUCAGCAUCGAAAUGACAGCAUACGCCGUAUUGUCAUUUGUAAAGCUAGGCGGAGAAGCAAACAUGGUCGAGGCGUUGAAGGCAGUCCGCUGGAUGUCGAAGCAACGAAACGCGGAAGGUGGCUUCACGUCCACGCAAGACACUGUUCUUGGCUUGGAGGCGCUUACCAAAUACGCCGCCGCAAUGUCGAGCAACAGUACGGACUUGUCAGUGCUCGUGACGGCCGGCGAUGUCGACCAGGUGUACAGGAUGCACAACGACAACCGCAUGGUUCUCACACAAAUACGUUUGCCCAUACUACCUACGACAGUCGAGAUCUUCGCUGAGGGCGAGGGCUGCGUCUUAGUACAGAGUAACAUAAAAUAUAAUGUCGCACAUGCGACCGGCUCUGAAGCCUUCGAUCUGUCGGUCGGUGCUACUUCAGUGCUAGCAUCCGUGGAUGAAUGCUCGAUGCAGAAGAUUACAAUCUGCACGCGAUAUAAAAUGGCAGAUGGGGAGAGUAACAUGGCACUGCUGGAAAUUGGUAUGAUAAGCGGAUAUGUUCCAGACCGUGCGAGUCUUCAUUCUCUGUUAGAAGAUCCGGCUACAAAAGUAAAGCGUUUCGAAGAAGAUCGCGACGUCGUUAGUAUUUAUUUCGACAAGUUAAUCAGCCAGAAGACUUGCAUAUCGCUCAUCGUGACUAGAGAAAAUAUCGUCGACAGACUCGAGCCGGCGAAUGUGAAACUUUAUGAUUACUAUCAGCAAGAAUUAACGAUAUCCAGUAGCUACAGCUUUGCUCCGACUUGUAGUAGUGCCAAUCCGAGUGAAGAAGCAGAGAUUCCCAAUCCAGUGCCUGUGGAAGUGGAGCAACCGAGGAAAGACAACACAAAGAACAUAGGCAAAGAUGAAAUAAUUGAGAAAGCAGCUAAGAGUGGCAUGGGCAAGGAAAUUCCGAAUCCGAAGAACGGAAUUAUAGAGGAAGCAAGUAAUGCCAGUCAUAAACCAGCACCUCAAGAAGACCUGGUCGAACAACUCCGCGAUAAGGUGACAGUAGCAAAACCGACACUGAUAACUGGUAUACAAUCAAAGUACGAAAACGUCCCUCUGGUAGAGAAUUCCAAUCUCAAGAUAAAUACGGAUGAUAUUGCUAGCAUAGCAAAUGUUCGCAUAGGCAACAACAACGGCAUUGCGUCUGGUAACGCGGAUGUUCCACAGACAGAAAUUGGGAGCGGUCAAACGCCGGAUGAACCGGAUAUCAACCUGAAUCCUAUUUUCGACAGACUUGAGCCUCCUAGUGUAAGUCUCGAGGAUAUAGAGGGAUCAUCAGUUUUCAACAAGCAGGAUCAAGAUGCCAAUUUUGAUGGGAAUCCGAAUUUCGUCGUAGUUGAUCACGAAUUAGCAACGCCCGACGGAAUCGAAGGACCCACGCCAGUCUACAUCAAGCCAGACACGACGAAUAUCGACAGCGAAACACCGUUGGAUACGAUCAAUCUCACCGUUUCGGCAGAAAACGUGGAUCCAAGUGAAGUUCCUUCACAAUCAUCGCCAUCAGCAUUAGCUUCUAACAAAUCUUGUCCUGUAUGCGGUGACGAAUUACCGUCGGACAUCAAUGAGUUUUAUUGCUCCGCCAACAGUGUUGUAAAAGCAGCAAUCAGACGACUACGAAAGGCGAGACUUCUGUUGGAUAUAUCACCGUCACAGCCAGUUAAACGUCUUCGUUCGACAAUCGCGUUUGUUUUGGAUCCAAAUUGUUCUUGCCCACCUUUAGAUAAACCUGGUGAUUUGGCGUUAAUGAUGCAUCAUGCGGACAAUGAGUUCGGCAAGCGUUCGCACAGCCAGUAUGUCUUGGAUGAAUGGGUCUCUAUAUACGGAUUGCAACCUGUUGGUGGUGUUCCGCAAGAGAUAAUAGAUGCUCGAUUAACGUGUACAAAAUAAGAUGGACCUGAUCCUUCUACGAUUGACUGAUUUUCGGCGUUGUGCCGUUUUGUUAUGUAUACUGUCCUCGCUGAGGCUCGGUUCGCGAAAAGCUAUCGAGUUACGUCAAGAAGAGAUCAAUUGCGAAAAUUUACCGAGUUAAAAGCCAUUAUAAUUCGAUUGUUACGAGACAUCCGUGAUAAAUCGACGGCAAAUUUCAUGCAAGAUAUUUUAAUUAAUUUUUGAAUAAUAAAUUAAAAUUUACGUUGCAAGUAUUUCUGAUUUACUCUAAAAUUUCGUUUUAAUACAACACAAGUCUCUACAUUGCGAAUUCCAUAUUAUUGAAAGACGCGAUAUCCAAGGGAAUAGGAUAUCAUUUUCACAAUGAAAGAUACAAUACGUUAUCGUAAUUCGUAAUUGUGAAUAGAGCGAAUAACUAAUGAAUUAAAUAAACUGUAAAUAAAGAACAGUAAUUUACGACAUGAUAA